UUCGGGGAAGUGAGUUUGUGAAUAUCGCAGAUUUGCCUCUGGGAAUCCUACUGGUAGUCUGGUUAUCUGAUGCAGUAAUCAUUUCAUCUGAAGGCUUCCUUGGAACGGGGUUCGUUUUUUUAAUCUUCACUAAAAAUGACGUGUUAUGGUGUUUUGCCUGUCUUCCUCUCAUAUAAAUGCUCACUACUUCAAAAAUCAAACCUUUCAUCGGCCUCUCAUCUCUCUGUAAGUAAACAACACUUCCAGAUGACUUGGUUCGUUGGAAAAAGCUUGGAUUUUUUUGAAGGAAAGACUGAACCCUUUGGUGAUAACUUGUGGAAACCCCGUUUCCCCAUCCUUCCCAUCAGAGCUGCUUCUGUGAAGAGGAGGAAAGAGAUCCAAUUUGAUAAUGUGAUUGAAAGGGAAAAGAAACUGAAACUUGUUUUAAAAAUCAGGAAGCUUCUGAUGAGCCAACCCAACAGAAUCAUGGCACUCCGCGAAUUAGGUAGGUACAGGAAAGCAUUGGGCCUCGAUAAAAAAAGAAGAUUCAUUGCCCUGUUGAAAAAGUUCCCCGCUGUAUUUGAGGUAGUAGAAGAAGGUGCUUAUUCUCUGAAGUUUAAGCUAACCCCGGAGGCAGAGAGACUGUAUUUAGAGGAGAUGCAAGCUAGGAAUGCGAUGGAGGAUUUGUUGGUGAUUAAGCUUAGGAAACUACUAAUGAUGUCUCUAGAUAAGCGGAUUCUCUUGGAGAAGAUUGCACAUUUGAAGACUGAUUUUGGGCUUCCUUUAGAGUUCCGUGACACCAUUUGUGUCAGAUACCCGCAAUACUUCAAGGUGGUUCAAACCGAACGGGGCCCGGCUUUGGAGUUGACUGAUUGGGAUCCAGAGCUUGCUGUGUCCGUGGCCGAGGUUGAGGAUGAGGAGAGGCGACAACGCGAAAGGGAAGAGAGGAAUUUGAUCAUCAAUAGAUUGCCAAAGUUUGACAGGGUGAAGUUGCCCAAGGGUCUUAAUCUCUCUAAGGGGGACAUGAGAAGAAUAUGUCAGUUCAGAGAUAUGCCUUACAUUUCGCCAUACUCCAACUUCUCCAUGUACAAUUCCGGCACCCCGGAGAAAGAAAAACAUGCAUGCAGCGUGGUGCAUGAGAUAUUGAGCCUCACGGUAGAGAAACGCACCCUCAUCGACAAUCUCACUCAUUUUCGCGAGGAGUUUCGGUUUUCUCAGCAGCUGAGAGGGAUGUUGAUCAGGCACCCAGACAUGUUCUAUGUCUCUCUGAAAGGUAGUAGGGACUCCGUCUUUCUCCGCGAAGCAUAUCACAAUUCUCAAUUAAUAGAGAAGGAUAGAUUAUUGCUCAUAAAGGAAAAGAUGCGUUCUCUUGUUUCUGUUCAACGGUCUAUUAGGAGAAGCAUUGAUUAUGAUAAUGAUAAUAGUAGUAAUAAAAGUGUUAAAAAUAAAAGUAAAUGGGAUGGUGGAGAGGAGUCAGGCAUUGAAAAUUUAGUGAGUGAUGGAUUUGAUGACGAAGAUGAAAAUGAAGAUGAUAAUGAAGAUUACCCUGAUGAAGGUGAGUGGAGCGAUGACGGUGAUGAUGAUUUGCCCCCUGACUUUACUGAUGAUGAUGGUGAACUUAUAAACCCGGAAAGUGUAAAACCAGUCAGAAUGAUUUACGAACCAAAGAGGAAGGAUGAGGAGGUUCUUGCCAUACCCGUUUUCCCUGAUGGUCGGCCUAGAGAGCGUUGGUGAAAAAGAUGCAAUUACUUGUAGCCUUGUAGGAGACACCUUUAUCUGAUUUCUGGUAAUUGUUUCUCAAAUUAGACAACAUAAUGUCUAUGUCUUAUUUUUGGAUUGAGUUUUAUGUUUGGUGUUGGAUGAGCUGAUGUAUACAAAAUAGUGAAUAUGGUGACAUCAGGUUGAUCCGUUGUUGAUUAUACUUGCUUCAGUUGCAUAUGAAUUUGAUUACCUUUUGAGGAUC